UUCUCUAAUAAUAUAUUUAAUAUUUGUUCUUUUUUAUCUUUUUGGAUUUAGGAUUAGUAUUUUUUAAUGCCAUCCUAACUUCAAAACUUGACAUUUUCACAAAACCAAAUAAAAUUAGUACACAUUUCUAAAUUUCACCAAAAAAAAAAAACUAGUCACACCGGAAAAGCCUCGAAUAUUUGACGGCAAACAAGAAAUCCCCUCUAAAUUUUUUUCUCAUUGAUUCUGCUCCUAUUAGGGUUUCUGAAUCCCCAAAUUCAAGGCAAAUUCAGAAACCAUGGAAAGUGCAUUAGCCAGCGCAUCAGCCAUCGGCGACCAAAGACAGAAAAUCGAACAAUACCGCAACAUUCUUGCUUCCGUACUGUCCUCCAACGAUGUCACUCAAGCCAAGAAGUUCAUCGAUCACAUGUUAUCGGAUGAUGUUCCGCUCGUUGUUUCGCGGCAGCUUUUGCAGACAUUCGCGUUAGAGCUAGGGAAAUUGGAGCCCGAACUUCAGAAGGAAAUUGCUCAUUAUACUCUUCAUCAGAUUCAACCUCGCGUUGUUUCUUUUGAGGAACAGGCCCUAACCAUUAGGGAAAAGCUUGCAGACUUGUUUGAGUCAGAGCAGCAGUGGUCUAAAGCAGCUCAGAUGCUUAGCGGAAUUGAUUUGGAUUCUGGAAUGAGAGGGAUUGAUGAUUCCUACAGGCUAUCAAAAUGUGUUCAGAUUGCUCGUUUGUAUCUUGAGGAUGAUGAUGCUGUAAAUGCGGAGGCAUUUAUUAACAAAGCAUCUUUCCUGGUCAGCAGUAGUCAAAAUGAAGUGUUGAAUCUUCAAUAUAAGGUUUGUUAUGCGAGGAUCUUAGACUUGAAAAGGAAGUUCUUGGAAGCAGCCCUACGAUACUACGACAUAUCACAAAUUGAGAAGCGGCAAAUUGGAGAUGAGGAAAUCGAUGAAGCAGCACUAGAGCAGGCUCUCUCAGCUGCGGUCACCUGCACAAUAUUGGCUGGUGCUGGGCCGCAACGUUCUCGGGUUUUGGCUACUUUGUACAAGGAUGAACGUUGCUCAAAGUUGAAGGUUUAUCCGAUUUUACAAAAGGUGUACCUGGAAAGGAUUCUGAGAAAGCCUGAGAUUGAUGCAUUUGUUGAAGAAUUGAAACCACAUCAGAAAGCACUUCUACCUGACAACUUUACUGUGCUGGACCGAGCAAUGAUUGAGCACAAUCUCCUAAGUGCUAGUAAACUUUACACAAACAUAAGCUUUGAUGAAUUGGGCACGUUGCUUGGAAUUCCUCCACACAAGGCAGAGAAAAUUGCUUCAAAGAUGAUAUGUGAAGAUCGAAUGAGGGGCUCAAUUGAUCAGGUGGAAGCUGUUAUACAUUUUGAAGAUGACACAGAGGAACUGCAACAGUGGGACCAACAGAUUGUUGGCCUAUGUCAAGCUCUUAAUGGUAUCCUGGAUGGUAUGGCUAAGAAAGGUUAUCAGAUCCCUGUUUGAUCAGCUUGUACUCCGUGCACAGUUGCUGAAAGAGACGCAUUGAGGCAUAAGACUUUUGCAUGGCAUUUUGAACAAUUCUCGUCUCAUAAAUUGUAGAUGCGCCUAUUUCAGGAUUUGCAUAUAAUUGCAAUCAGUCUCUUUGUCAUUUCUCUCUCGUGAUUAGCGUAAGGCUUUUCGGUUUUAGGAGCAAGGAGGUUCUAGAUGUGGUGUAUAAAAAACUGGCUUUAUGGAGAUGAUUUUGAAGGAUGCCAUCAAUGUUUUGCUAAUGACAAAUUUGCUGAUACAUGUGCAUUAUGGUAGACAUGUUUUAUACAAAUAGUUCAUUUGCAGUUUUGUCUUGUAAAUCAAGCCUUGGGCUUUACUAGGUUGUGUAGGUAUCAAAGUGAUGAAUUUCCAAAUGAAAUCCUUUCUAUUAGGGAAUUUUGAGGAACUCCAGAUUACUAAAAGAUUGAUUUGCAAAUCAAUAUCAAGGUACUGUUAAAAGACAAAUUAUCGGCUAGUAUUGUGGUUUUUGAUGAAUGAUAUUGAGUUGGAAAAUCAUGAGUAGUUUAAAUUGA